GAUGACAUGUCAACAUGAGGUGACAGGAACGAAACGAACGAAAGUGCAAUCAAGUUGAACCAGUUAGUUGUGAAACCAUGGGAUAAGUAUUCCCGCGGAACUCGCUAAGGCUGGUAUAAAAAGUCGGUGGUUUUCUUCUCCUAGAACCUCACUGCAGGUUUUUGAGAUGGAUAAGGGCUUUUCCUGCAUCCUGUAGCCGUCAUGUCGUCCAACGUAAGGUCAAAGUGGACCCGUUCCAAACUCGAUUCGCCUCGAUUGCCAUCGCGUUUAACAGAAUUCCAAGGUAAACUUUAGCUACCCUCUUCAAAUCUAAAACCCCUUUGGGGUGUGAUACAGUUGUGGCUUUUUUAUGAUUAAAUAUGCCAUCGUUUGUGGGACGUUUAAUUUCCUUACAGCAAAACAAGCACAACGUGUACGAUCAUUAAAUUUUUAAGCUUAAUCCCGGGUUAAUACUUUUUAACUUCAUUGGCGUACAGUACUGUACGUUGCUCAAGAAGAUCACAAACUUGAUUUUGGGCUCUUUAUAGUUAGUUGGUUGAAACUGUUUUGAUCAUGAAACAUGAGUGGUUUUCAUGUGUCAACUAUGUUUUAAGUUAUGAUGUAUUGAUUUUCUUUGGUUGAUAAUAGUAAUAAAUAAUUAUUAUUCACUAUUGAAGUGGUGAAGGAGACUCAAUUUUAUUACUUCAUUUGUUAAUUAUCAAUAUGACCCCACUCCUAUAGCCUCAUUAAAAGAUUCAAGGAAAAUUCUUGAUCAAUUAGUUUCAUUUCACAAAGCUACACUCCCCACAUGGCCCCUUUUAAUUUUUUUUUUAAGUAACCCUCCAUUUGAGAUAUUUAUUAAGUUCUGGAAGCCCCAGUAACUCGUUGUCUUGACUUGCACCUUAUUACAAUAUUUCUCAUGCUUUCAUUUAAUAAACCUUAUUCAAAUGUUCCAAAAAAAUUCCCCAUCUCUGAUUGGCUGUAAUCUCCAGGCUAAUUUUUCAUAACCAGCUGCUGUUGAACAAAUUUAGAAGACUAAUGUGAUUUUUCCGAUAGUUUUUGUGCAAUUAUUGUAGAAAAAAAUAUGGGACAAAUGUUGUCACGCCAAGACAGCAUGUGUUGGGUCAGCGGUUUUACCAUUAUAGGACAUGUUAGUCUGCCCUUUAUGUCUUUUGUUUUAAAAUACAGUAAAGUUAGCUUUGCAAGUAUCCAAAAUUGUAGAUAAAAUUUAAUUCAUAAUACUGUAGAUUUAUGCUGUCCAACUGGUGUUCUAUUUUUCACCAGAUGACAUUGUAGACCAUUUUGGCAUGAUGAUAUCCUUUAGACUACAACUUCCAGAAUACUCAACACUUUCGUUUUCUUGUGCAAGUCAGGGUCCUUGGUAAACCUCACCGGAAUAACCAAGUUAUAUCAAAGGGAAACAAAAAUAGUAACAAUUUCUGGUAAUUGUGGUCAAAUGAUAUUAUCACGAAAGUGGCCUGUUUGACGUUUUAUCUGGUGAGAAAAUCAAUAAUAGUAAAUAGGUAAAAAUCAAAAGUUAACAAAUCAAUUGUCAAAUCCACUAAAAAGAGAUGUAAAGCCAUGAAAUCUUUUUUUAAUAAUCCUACCUUUUUCUAACAGAUGCAGAUCUCUCAGACACAUUCAUUGCCAAUAAUGAUCCUUGGUCUAGUGUCCAAGCUUUAGAGGGAAGAGUUCCCAACUAUCUUUUGUUAGUUUCUCUUCUGGAACAUCUGUGUUCUCUGUACGAGGCUGAUGCAGAGAAAAGCAAAGAGAUCUUUAAUGGUGAGUGUAAAAACUAGAUUGUGAGAAACACACACUGAAUGCUUCAGGCUAGAACAGAAAGAGAAAAAAUUGGUUGAUAGUUGUGAUCAUGAUGAAACUUUAAAUGGAAAAAUCGAAGAAUUACUGCUCAUUCGUUUGAGUCUGUUAAAGUGCCGCAAUUACUGUGUGGCAUAUAAUAUUUAGCAGUUAUUGAAUUCGGCUUUCGUAUCGUCUGAAGAAUUAUGGAGAUUGAGGAGGGUGUGGCCUCAGCGGAUAACACCCUCCGAGGUCUUCAUAAUUCUUCAGAUGAUGUGAAAGCCACCAAAUGUGCAGACUUCAUGUUUCUCUUGUUUCAAGAUGGUGCCAACAAAACAUAGAAGAUGCAAAACCUCAAUCAUAAAAUUGAUUGUAAUGUUUACUGCUCCAGCUUAAAAGUGAGAUAGUGACUUCCAAUACCCAUAAUCUCCACACAAAGUCCUUACAGUAGACAAUUUGGGACACCUCACAACUUUUUACCUACUUCUCACAUUUUUUCCCUUUUUGGGGUUGGCAAGUGUGCAGGACACUCCUGGAACUAGAAAAAGUGUCUGCUUAACAAAGGUGUUUUUCUAUUUGAGAGGUUAAAAAGUAAUUGCUUAUCAUGCUUAGGACCAUAACAAAACUUAUUGACGGUGUCUAAGUUUAUGUAAUAUAAGCUGACACUUAACUGUACAAGUAUACUAGAAAUUCCUUUAGUUUUAUGUAUACAGAAUGUAAGAUCUAUUUUCUUUUUGUAGUGCUGUGUCAACAGCUUGUGAAGAUGAAGGUAUGAAAUCCUCCUUAGUUGAGUUUUAAGUACAAGGAUAAUCACCUACAGUUGUUAGAUUUGGUUAUUUGAAGCACUGAUUGCCCAAUUUCUUUUUAACCUGAUUUACAGUGUGUGGAAACAUAAAAAUGUAAUAAUAAUGUUCAUGAAUUCUCCAUCUCUUUUCUUAGGUGAUGCCCUCUUUCUCAUUUCUGGAGGAAUUUAGUGUCAUCAGGGCAAAAUACAAGACCGCAUUCAGUGACCUCAUGCAAGCUGCUGCUAGAACCACAGGAACAGAUGUAAGAUAUAUGGCUGGUAACUUAAUUUUGACAGCGUUUCAGGGCUGUCAACAUUUUUUUAAGUUGCCAGCUGAUAAUAAAUAGUAGGCAGCUUUGGAACUCACACCAAAAGCACAAGUUCUUGAUGGCCGAGGCAUCUAGCUAGGGACAUUUUGUUAGAGUCUUGCAAAUGUCCUAGACGUUCCAUGACAUUGCACACUUUUAAUGUGCUACAGAUUUAGUCCUGUGUAAAUAUGCAUUAAGUGUCAUUCAAAACUGGGAAACGGAUACUAUAUAAUAAUUAUUGUAUUCAAUGGUACUUAUUUUUUGUUAGAUCCUGUGGUUACUAGAAGGAGAUGAAAGUAGCCAGCUAAGGAUGGCUACUACCUACUAGCCAGCAGUUUUGGCCAGGCUGCUGGCCCUUAUUGACAGCCCUGGCAUUUAGCAGCUGGCUGAGAGAAUUUCAAAAUUAACCCAGGUUUCGCAAUAACUUUUACAUCUCUGUUCUUGCCUUGAACUAUGUGGCACCUUACCUUCAAUCCUUGCUACUGAACAACAUCUCUGAGUGAGACAAGUAUGAUGAAAUGCAAUCAAUUUAAAAUUGUACACAAGGUUACAUUACAUGGACAACAGUGUUGAUAGCUUUGUAAAAAUGUAUAAUCAUUAUUAUUGUUAUUACUUAGUAAUCAUUAGCUUUACAUUUCAGCUGCGCAAGCUUCAUUCUGGAGUAAAGAGACCACUGCCAGGUGCAUUUAGCAAUUUGAGGUAAGCUGAUUAAUUACAACUGCAGCAGCAACUUCAUUCACAGGCUAUGAAUAUAACAUCACAAAUUAUGCUUGUGGCUUGGUUACAGAAUAUCUGUUGACAUGUAAUUUAUGUAGAUGUACCUGUAUGUGAGGGUCUUGACUGUUGUAAAAAAAAUGUGUUAGAAGCAGUAUUGGUCUGCUUUUAAGCCAUAAAUUGGGAAAUCAUAAUAAGACAUUUUGCCUUCUUCUUUAAGUUAACUUAUUGCAUUGUACUAUUAUUGCACAGCCAGUGAGGCAUGGGAAUGCUGUGUGGGCAUUUCACCUUGGGGUUACUGCAUAAAUAUGGCAGUAUUCACGCAUAAGGAGAGGGGGAGGGGAAGGAAGCUGAGAGGCCAAAGGUUUAAAGGAAAUUGUUCUGUUCAAAGACUCAACUGGCUUUCCUGCAUUUUCAGGAGCUUAUCAGCACCUCAAAAAAUGAGUGAUCUACUGCAAAAUGGAUCUUCCCGCUACAAAGAGGAGUUUGUUGAGAUCACAAGACUUGGUAAAGGAGGUUUUGGAAGUGUUUUCAAGGUUAGUAUGAGUUAACAAAUGCUAAGUCACCUUGUUAUUUUGUAAACCCAGCUACAUACGUAUUCAAGUUAGUUGACAGCUGUUAAAUUCUAUUUUAACAACCUCUACAGGUAAAAAACAAAUUGGAUGGACGAGAGUAUGCUGUGAAAAAAAUCCCACUCAAAGAAACAGACCCCGAUCUUUGUUUAAAGGUAAAAGUAACAAUUUUACUGGACAAUGGUGCUGUUUUUAUUUGUUUUUGCCCGCUAGAGGUGAGUGUUGUUAAAUAUCUUCAGCCUCCACUGUGUGUGAGAGGCUGGACAAGAGAACAAAAAUCUGACUAUUUAGCUGUGGGAAAGAAGAGAAAUACAAGUCAAUUCUCACUUGUAUGAACCCCCUGAACCAUGCUUUAAAUACAUCCAGUGUGAGUUACCGGAGUGUUUACCUUUCAACUCAAAUGUAUGUUUAGAUACUUUUCCCCUUUAGACCAGCACUUUCAAUUACCAUGUGUUCAAGAGGGUGGGGUUUAGUGAUGGACUUUUUAACAACAUGCGAACUCUUAAGUCAAAAAUAUAACCCAAUGGCUACUUUUUUUUUGUUAAUCAUCCUAACAGACCUCGCUUGGAACAUAGGUUUUCCUCAGUGGGUUCAAAAGAUCAUGUCUGUAGGAUGUGAGUGGUAGAUUUUGAUCAAUUUUGUUUUUUUCGUUUUGUGGCAAUUUUGAGUGAUGGGAGCGAAAAACGUAACCUGUGGUUAAACUUUUUUCUUUUAAAUUUGCAUGUUUUUGAAUAGUGCAGUAAACAAAAAGUGGACACUUCUUACUGCCUGCUUGCCUUGUGAUAUCUAAGAGGAAGACAUUAAUGUGUGCUGUAAUAUUCAAUUUAUCCUGCCAAUAGGUAUUAAGAGAAGUUAAAGUGUUAGCACAUCUGAAUCACAGUAAUGUCGUUGGAUAUCAUGCAGCCUGGUUAGAGUAUGUUACCACGGACAACGUAAACUCUGCAUUACCCAGUAAGUGGCACCCUGCCAUUUAACUGUCUUAAAAAAGAAAACUGGACUUUCAUUUUUGGAAUACAAAAAGGAAGCAAAUAGCCUGUCCAGUUCAUGGAUGCUGAUAUAGUAUACAUGUGACUACUAUUUCGACACCUGUGCUGGGGUAUCAUUCAAUGACCAUGUAAACUCAUUGUCGCCAGGCAAUUACUCAAAAAGAUUAAGUAAGUCUAAUUUAUUACACUUAUUUUAAGAAUAGAAGAUUGCAUGGCUCGGAAAAAUUAUUACGUUUCUGAAGAAGGAAGACAUUGAAAGGUUACCGUCUCUUCUGAGGAAUAGUAGCCCACUGUAGUCCCACGAACCUGGCCAUUUUUGACUUACUUGUCCACUGUCAUAAAUUUGGCUGAUAAGUGUUAUCAAUUAUUUGUCAUUAGGAGUAACCACCCUUCCCACAAGCCUUAAGGAACUGAGUGACAUUUCCUCUCUUAACGGCAUUCAUAGGUAAAGUAUUUUACCUCUAACAACAGCAGUACAUUUUUGUGUUUUGUGAUACUUGAUAAAGGCUGAUUUUGUUCCCUGAAGAUUUUUCAUAACUUGUAGUACCUCUGUUAUGCUUUUCAGAAUAAUGGAAGUGAGUACAGACAGUCAAAGCAGUAUUGUGUUCGAGGGUUCCUCUCAGGAUCCCUCCAAUAGCGGCAUCGUGUUUUCAGCUCGUAGAUCAAGCACUGACUCAGUUGGAACAGGGAGUCAGCAACGUAGUGCCCAGGGUAUGACAUUUCCGUUGAAAUUUUGUAAUUUGUAACUUUAACUGUUUAUUUGGGCCCUAGAGGACUGGGGUGAUUUCAAUCAAAUCCUCCGGAAUUUAUGAUCUUACCGACUUGGAUAAAUGUGCAUACAACGAAGAUACAAUUACAAUUAAAAUUAAAAUUUAUCACACGGAAGACUUCCAUGUAAUACUCAGUCACGCNAAGCAAAUAGCCUGUCCAGUUCAUGGAUGCUGAUAUAGUAUACAUGUGACUACUAUUUCGACACCUGUGCUGGGGUAUCAUUCAAUGACCAUGUAAACUCAUUGUCGCCAGGCAAUUACUCAAAAAGAUUAAGUAAGUCUAAUUUAUUACACUUAUUUUAAGAAUAGAAGAUUGCAUGGCUCGGAAAAAUUAUUACGUUUCUGAAGAAGGAAGACAUUGAAAGGUUACCGUCUCUUCUGAGGAAUAGUAGCCCACUGUAGUCCCACGAACCUGGCCAUUUUUGACUUACUUGUCCACUGUCAUAAAUUUGGCUGAUAAGUGUUAUCAAUUAUUUGUCAUUAGGAGUAACCACCCUUCCCACAAGCCUUAAGGAACUGAGUGACAUUUCCUCUCUUAACGGCAUUCAUAGGUAAAGUGUUUUACCUCUAACAACAGCAGUACAUUUUGUGUUUUGUGAUACUUGAUAGAGGCUGAUUUUGUUCCCUGAAGAUUUUUCAUAACUUGUGGUACCUCUGUUAUGCUUUUCAGAAUAAUGGAAGUGAGUACAGACAGUCAAAGCAGUAUUGUGUUCGAGGGUUCCUCUCAGGAUCCCUCCAAUAGCGGCAUCGUGUUUUCAGCUCGUAGAUCAAGCACUGACUCAGUUGGAACAGGGAGUCAGCAACGUAGUGCCCAGGGUAUGACAUUUCCGUUGAAAUUUUGUAAUUUGUAACUUUAACUGUUUAUUUGGGCCCUAGAGGACUGGGGUGAUUUCAAUCAAAUCCUCCGGAAUUUAUGAUCUUACCGACUUGGAUAAAUGUGCAUACAACGAAGAUACAAUUACAAUUAAAAUUAAAAUUUAUCACACGGAAGACUUCCAUGUAAUACUCAGUCACGCAUAAAAUAAUUUUAAAAUAAAAAUGCAGAUGAGAGGAUAGAAUAAUUCGUAAAAAUGCAAUAAACUUUUUUUACGUCAGAUCGUUCCAGUAGAUUUUCACAUCGUUUCCUAAAAUAGUAAGUUCGUUCCAAGUUAAGGCGUGUCAGAAAAGCCCUGAGACAAAUUAUAUGCUGAAGCAUUUUUCUCCUUUACCUUACUAUAGCAAAUUAACGCUUCAUAAAAUUAACGCGAAUUUCAAAAAAUUUGUAACUUUUUCUUUCAUUCACUUCAUUCAUUCAUUCGUUCGCUCGUUCACUCAUGAACUCUUUCAUUCAUUCGUUCAGUCAUUCAUUUGGUUGCAUAUUCAUUCACUCAUUCGUUUCUUCCAUUUAUUCAUUGACUGACUGACUGACCCAUUCCUUUCUUCCUUUCUUUCUUUGCAGCCGAGAGCCGUGUUAGAAGGAGCCUGAGAAGCAGUGCUAGUAGCAGCCGUAGUAGCAGGGCCCCAUAUCAUGCGUCACAGCGCGGUAUACGCCGAUCGGCCUCCAGCAGUAGCUUGGGAUCCAUGGCAGGUAUAGAUCACGGCGACCGCGUAGAUGAGGAACACAGCGAACAGAGUGAAAAUGCCUUGUCAGGGAACAUUUUAAAAAGUGCUUCAGUCAACAAGGUACCUUUCAUGCAUGAUGUGUUUUUUGUCCUCUUAAGAUGUCGUCGUUAUGGGUUACUAGGGACGUUAAGCGACGAGAACGUGGAUGUCCCGGACGUCAAAAAUGGCAACCGGAAGUUAAUAUUUUCUCUCUUUCAGUGCUCUGACUCGACAAAUUCGUACAGCGGGCCUUAAAACAAAGGCAUUCAGAUACGUUGUGUGAGACAGAAGCGUUCCAUCAGGGUUGUCAAAGGUAGCCAGCUGCCGGCGAAAAUCGCCGCCUACUUGGUUAGUAUCGGCCGGUUACUCUGCUUGGCAUUUCUUCACGGAUGGCGUUUUUUAAAUAAAAUAUCCCUGGACUGGCCGUUUAGUUUGACAACUCAGCCGUCUACCUCAAAACUUUCUGACAACCCUGUGGAAAUUCCAUCAAGCGAGAUAUCGAACUUCCGGUUGCUAAUCAUGACGUCGGUACGUCAGCAUUCUCGUUGCUUACGCUCGUCACUGUGAAUUAAUAAAGACCACUGUUAUCGGACUCUAAGCCCCAAUUGCCUUUGAUCUAGAAAUCCACUAAUGUUUGACACAAAGGAAGACAAAAGUUAGACAAAGGAUAUAAGUUGCACCACAAAAUAUACAGCUAUUAUGGUUUUGAGAUUAGUAACCUCUGCAAGCUGUAUGCAGCAAGUACACAGGUACUCUUCGACGCAGCCUUUCUUUGUGUCGUCCCGCAACACUUCCGGUAACUCAAUGCUACUCCCAGGAGGGUUGCGUGACCAGGAGUAUUGCUUGACGACAGAAAAAACAAUUGCGUAAGAGAGACUAGUAUACGGACUCGUGAUCUUUUAAGUUUGAGAAGAAAAUCGGUGUUUUUUGCUUUUGUUUUCUGUUUUAGCGCCUGGGGAUGGUUCUCUUCAUACAGAUGCAACUGUGUACAACAACUCUCAGAGACUGGCUGGUAAAACGUAACGAGGAAAUUUCAUCAAAUGGUGAGUGAGCUGUUAGACGUGUUACUUUUUUUAAAAAAAUUGAUUCGGUGAAGCCUUGUUUACAUUUUUUGUCUCAUUAACAUAUGCUUAUGCUUGGUCAUUACUUCUGGUACCCUGAGCACGUGUGCUGUUUUUCGAACCCACCACACGUAUGGCGGUUUGCGGGCAAGUUCUGGUUCUAACUUGAUUCUGCCCUGUUUAGGCGAUGAAGUCGACAGAGCAGCCGUUAUGGUGAUAUUUCGCCAGCUUGUGAAAGGAGUACAGUAUAUUCAUUCGCAAGCAUUGCUUCACAGAGAUCUGAAGGUAUGCUAAGAUUGCAAAUCUCUUUCCAAAGACAUUUGAAGAAGACGUUUCAUUUGAAUGGUCAUCCCACAGGAUUGCAUCCAUAGAUUCAAAAGUUAGAACUACAUACUAAAUAAAUAGUACCAUGUGAAAGUACUGCUGAAGAGGUUUCAUUUGAAUGGUAACACCAUAAGAUUUCAUCCACAGACUCAAAGGUAGAACUACGUACAAAAUAAAUAACACCCUGUGAAAAUACUGCUGAAAAGGUCUCACUUGAUUGGUCACUCCAUUAAGAUUUUGUCCGCUCACAGACGUCCACAGAUACGUUAUGCUCAAGAGAGAAUAAACCCUUGUUAUGCUUCACUCAUUUUCGUUGCUAAAUUUGUGGUUGUGGUUGUUGUUUUAUUGUUUUCUUCUAGCCAAGAAACAUCUUUCUCCAGGGACACCGGCAUGAAACAGGGGGUCAACCAACUAUUUUCCAGGUUAAAAUCGGGGACUUUGGUUUAGCUCGGAAAGAAGUGGUCGUGAGUCCUGGGGGUAGUAGUCCGCUGGUCAGUUUAAUUGAGCCGCUUACUCCUCUCUUUCCGCCAGGUAGGAAGAUUUUUCAGUUAACUUAGCUGACCUUAAGUCUCAAAAGGAAGGCUCUGUUCUAAUUGACCACUUCAGAAAGUAGAAGGUCAUUGGAGCUGAAAUGCAUCCCGCAGUAGGUUUUGGGAUCGUUUUCAGUUACGCGCCGGUCAGCUAUCAGCUCAGCAGUGUUCGACACUAACGCUUGCCCACUUGCCCGGGGCAAGUGGAAUUAUGCGUUGGGCAGGUGUGUAAGUUGCACAGGUCGCCCGUUUGGGCAAGUGGUUAAGGAUAACACUCGAGCCGCUGGGACAAGAAUAAAAUCCAACAGCUGCAGCAAAAUCACCCGAUCCCUUUUUUGAAAUUUUAGUCAGGUGAACGUAGAAGGAGAAUGAAAAACAAGUACAGUGACGGGUCCUUACGCCGAUACAUUGAGUAUUUCGUUUUCCGCCAUGUUUUUCUUCACGAGCAAGUAUUCAUGGGUAAGUUUGUACGCAGUCCUUUCAAGUACUUGCCAGCAACCAUGAGUUUAUUUCGUUUUGGUUUUACGCGGAAGUCACUGGACACAGUCACUAAAAGUGAGGACAUCCAAGCAACACAACAGUUACAUUCUACAAAGCUUAAGGAACCAGGAGACAAGAGAAAAGCUGAAUCUCAACCAGAAGUCUUCGCUGGGAAAAGCAAAGGAGAUCGAAAAUGGAGCGCAACUUUCCUUGGCUUGUACACGAUGAAGAGAAGAACAUUAUGAAGUGCAAAAUUUGCUGUUCUUUUCCCGAAAUUGCUGACAAAAAAAGUUAUGAGGAAUGUCCUAACUACUCUUAUUUUAUGCCUUCUAAACUGUGAAAACAAUGUCCCAGAUUGAACAUUGACUCAAUCAUAAGAUCAGUGAUUUAUUAUUUCUUCAAAGAGUGAAGACAAACAAAUCAGAGAGAACAAAGAUUCGAUUAUGACUGUAUUAUGCGCCCUAUCAAUCAACGUCUUUAAGGAGCCCCCAACAAAAAGCCUAUCAUAUGUAUUGUAAACGUCAUUCAAGCAUGACUGUGUUGAUUAAAAUGAAAUAAACUUGAAGUUUUUUACGGUUAGCAGGCAAUGGUACCGUAUGACCUCUCGCUUGGGAUUUAUGCUAGGCAUUAAAGUUAGAAGGCAUAAGUAUUGAAAAUUCAGUGAAACUGCGAGCAAAGCGAGCUGGUGAUUUUUUGGGGGCAACCAAAAAAUACACUCGGAAAGUAAAACUAGCGACAUAGUUGCCCAGAGGGCAAGUUAGCAGGAAAAUUAGUGUCGAACACUGAGCUCAUUUUUCCCCCUGCCCUCUGUAACAGUCCUAGAAGUCCUUGCGAAAUUAAACUUAGCCCAGGUUCCUUCUCGUCUCUAAAGUGGCGAAUAGUAGUAUAUUCUUCUCUUGCAUGUUGAGGUAAUAUUUAUGCAAAAAUUCAUGUAUUUCAUGGUAGAUCACAGAAGGGAUCCUUAAUUUAGCCUGUGAGCAAGCUCUGUGGGGGGCUCUGGCGGCAGGGCGGGGAAAGGAAGGAGAGCUUGCAACUACGUCUCAUGAACUUGAAUAUCUGCACCGAAAAAGUCGAUGCUAAAUGGUGAUUGGCGGAGAUGACAUUAGUAAUGACGUCAUUACCCUUGGCACGUGUUUUUCAAUGCUUGCUUACAUUCGCACUCGUUUCCGCUUCCCGCUGAUUGGCGGAAAUCUGACAGCUCAGUCGACGUGGAGCCGCAGGGGAUUUGGAGGUGGAGUUCAAAUUCCAGAGACGUUGUUGCAAGCUAUCCUUCCUUUUCCCGCCCCGCCGCCAUAGCACCCCGGAGAGGGGCGGAACCUUGACUUCCGUUCCUUGAGUUCCGUUCGCCAUAUGCCGUAAACGCGUUCCUUAACCUCUAGUGCGCGUGUUUUUUCGUAUGAAACCUCGGCUUUGAGUCGUGAAUGAAACAGCGAGUAUCUAUCGGUCAUUUAAAUAAACUAAUCCACUCCUUUUCCCCAUAAUUUUUCAGGAUUUUCGGGUAAAGAUGCUCCAACAGUCGGUGUGGGUACCUGCACGUACGCUUCGCCUGAGCAGCUGAGGAACACCAAUUAUGACAACAAGGUAAAGAACGACCCUUUGAGUUUCGAUUUUUAUAAUAAUCCUUAGUUAACGGCCGUGGCUUCCGAAAUAUUGCUUUAAGGGAGUCCUUCACGGAUUCUGAGUCUUGACUAAGGAAGGCCCUGUCCACACGUAUCCGAAUAGUUUUGAAACCGGAGAUUUUUCCCUAGUAUGUAAUUAUAAUGUAAGUUUUUGCCCGAGUCACUGAGGAGUUCUUCAGAACUUUUUUAAACGUGCCCGUGCGUUCUUGAUCGAUUUGGAAACUGGAAGUGUUAGCUUUUGAGGAGAGUGGAAAACCGGAGUAGCCGGAGAAAACCUUUUGGAGCAAGGAGAGAACCAACCGCCGACUCACAUAUGGCGUCAACGCCGGGACUUAAACCCGGGCCACAUUGGUGGGAGGCGUGUGUUCUCACUACUGCACCACCCUCGUCCACGCGGCGAUAGGUGGUUUUGAUUUUUCCCUCCCAAUUUUUCAAGUACGUCUAUAUUUCAUUCGAUUAUUUGGAAGCAUGGACCAAAGCCUUCUAAGAAGAACCCUCAGUGAGCAUCUGAACCAGUUGUAAGAGGAGUCAGUUUUCUUUUUUUCUUCGAAGUGGUUAUUACGAUUCUAACACGUCGGUUUUAUUUUCCUUUUUUACGUCUAGGCGGAUAUCUUUAGCUUAGGGAUCAUCUUGUUUGAAUUGCUCUGUGCAUUUGGCACGGAGAUGGAACGAGUAACGAACAUCAAGGACCUCAGACAAGGCAAACUACCUCAGGAGUUUUGUGAUAAAUGGCCUGAAGAGGUAAGGUUUUUAUUCGGUAAGGGAAAAAAGGUAUGCUAAUGCCAACGUAAGAUAGCUUACUUAAGAAUCAAUAACUUUCUUGACGAGGAUAGCUCUCUCCUACGCCGUCUUGACUUUUGGAAAGCGCCCUAUGAUGGUGAUGACGAUGAUCGAAAUGUUGACCACUUUUAAUGAUGAUCUUGUUGAUGACUGGGAUACGAUGUCUUUUCGUGUUUAAAGCAGCGCGCGUGUAUUCAGACUGUGGUUCUCUUUGCUUCUUGCAAAACAUUCUUACCAAUAAUUUUACCACUAUGCAUUUUAUUCUUUUUCCCGUUUUAGUCUAAGCUGAUCUUAAAGAUGACUGCUGAAAAUCCCAGUAACAGACCGACGGCAGAGUCCCUUCUGGAGCUGAGUUUGUUCGAAGAAAAACAAGCGGUAAGACAACUGUUAAUUUUGUUGUAAUGCAGAAUAAGACGAGAUUGUAAGUGGGCAAACACUAGAAGCAGCUUCCUCUGCGAGAUCGUCUUAGUUUUUGAGGUUUUUCUGUAAUGUUUUUAAAAUGGCCGAGUUGUGGCCUUUCUAACAAACUAGGUAGUCAUCAAUCGAAUGUACUUUUAACGAAGGUCAAAACAUGGUACCCGUCAUAGCCAAGGUUUGUUAAAGUGAAAGCGAAACUUAAGUUGACUUUGGCAGACUUUGUUUAUCCAGUUUUCAUAUGCAAAACAUUUUCUUCUUAAGCUAGCUUGUAUUGUUCAACAUGCUUUGCGUAAUUUAGGCGGGGACGUUUGUAAUCAAAGGCUAGGUUACUGAGCACUAUACGUCGCUCGCGACCGUGGUCUCGUAGUUUAUGCUCUAGCGACUCACCAUCGACGAACAAGGAUGUAGUACACCAGCCUUUGCGAAUAUCACAACUCUGUCUCGGGCCCCAGCGGUCAUUGCUUCUAACAAGUAAGAGUAGUUAGAGAGCAGCAAGUUUGUAGAUAUCAUGGUUACAUUUUAUUGUUGCUAACACAUUUCUGAAUGUCCCCUUUGGGGAUUUUGCAGCAGAUGGGUCUUCACCUGCAUGAAAAAGUCAAAGAGCAGGCGUCCGAGAUCAUUGAACUUAGAACCAAGUUGUUGAAAAAGGACGAAGAGUUAGACUCCAGAACAGCGGAAAUAAUGGAGCUCAGACGACAGUUGCACGAGAGGGAUGAAUAUAUUAAACAUAUAUUUGAUAAAAUGUGUACAGAAUGCGGUCCAAAACUUGCCAGUCAAGUAGAGAAAAUGGACACAGGAUGACGUCAGAGCCAAGAUAGGACUGAAAAAAGAAGGGUAUGGCAAACGUCAUGGUGCUCCUCUAUAGGACCCCCCUAAAGUGACAAAGUGGUGUGGGGUAGGGAUCGUGGAAUAAACGUUGUAUAGGCA